AUGUUUGCUCGUUAUGCGUUUGCACGUUCUCAUGUGCCCCUGACAACACCUUCGGCAAGGAUAGCAGCCUUUAAUCGUGUCACCACCACGAUGCGUCACUUUAGUACAGCAAAGAAACCACCAACGGCUGUAUUGCUCACCAACAUGGGCGGUCCAGAAACACUCGACGACGUUCACGAUUUCCUGCUCAACUUGUUUUCCGAUCGCGAUAUUAUGAAACUGCCAUUACAAAAGCACCUUGCAAAGUACAUUGCCAAUCGACGCACACCCAGUAUCAAGGAACAAUAUGCACAAAUCGGUGGAGGAUCGCCCAUUCUAGCUUGGACACAAAAGCAAGGUGAAGCCAUGGAAAAGAUCUUGGAUAAGAUCUCUCCCGAAACAGCUCCUCACAAACAUUACAUUGCAUUCCGCUACGUCAAACCAUCCACUGAUAUGGCGCUUGAGGAAAUGAAAAAGGAUGGCGUGCAACGUGCCGUGGUAUUUACUCAAUAUCCACAAUAUUCAUGUUCAACCACGGGUAGCAGCUUGAAUGAGUUACACAGAGGCAUUGUCAGGGCUGGUAUGGAAGAUUUGGAUUGGAGCAUCAUUGAUCGAUGGCCAAAACAUCCUGGAUUCAUCGAGGCUGUAGCAAAACGAAUCGAAGCCAAGUUACAAGAAUACCCAGCUGAAGAACGUGACAAUGCAGUGAUUCUCUUUUCGGCCCAUUCAUUGCCGAUGUCCGUGGUCAAUCGAGGUGACACGUAUCCAUCGGAAGUGGCUCAUACGGUGCAUCAAGUCAUGGAGCGUCUUGGUCAAAAGUAUCAAUAUCGUUUGGUUUGGCAAUCCCAAGUGGGUCCUCAACCUUGGCUUGGUCCUCAAACAUCCGAUGCUAUCAAGGGUUAUGGCGAGGCUGGCAAAAAGAAUCUUUUGCUUGUUCCCAUUGCAUUCACCACCGAUCAUAUUGAAACCUUGUUUGAACUGGAUCUUGAAUAUGGAAAGGAAGCUGAAGAGGCUGGUAUCACUGGAUUCAAGCGUGCUGAAUCACUGAAUGAUGAUCCUACUUUUGUCCAAGCCAUGGCCGAUAUCGUCAAGGAACAUCUCCAAGAGGGUGGCAUCGUAUCAAAGCAGUGGUACUUGCGUUGUCCAGGAUGCACAUUUGAUAGUUGUGGAACUACAAGAGAGUUUUUCGCUUCAAAAGAAAAAUAA